AUGGAGGUCUGGACUGGAGUCAGUCAGGUUUCUGUGGUUCUGUACGUCUGUACGCUGCUCUGGAAGCGUCAACAGAUCCUGGAUGUCCUCCACAGGUGUGACCUCACCUGUGCGUUCCUCAUCGGGCCCCUGAUUGGUCCCCUGGUAGCUGCUCUGUGUUGUACCGAGUCUCCUGAUUCCUACAGCGGCGCCGUCUGUGGAGGCUGCUGCUGCAGCGUCGGUCUGAUAUGCAUCAUCGCAAGAAAACAAAAACUGCUGCCAGUGCAGAACAGAGCCGUGCUGGUUACAGGCUGUGACUCGGGCUUCGGCCAGGCUCUGGUGCAGCAGCUCAGCCGGAUGGGCCUGAAGGUGUUCGCAGGAGUUCUGGACGUCAACGGGGUCGGGGCUCAGCGGCUCAGAGAGCUGCGACGGGAAAACCUGCAGCUGCUGCAGCUCGACAUCACCGACGCUGCACAGGUGGAGGCGGCGCUGCAACACGUCCAGACUCAGGUGUCCGACUCAGGUCUGUGGGGUUUGGUGAACAAUGCAGGAGUCCUGCAGUGUCCGGUGGACGCCGAGCUGCAGCCGCUCGCAGCCUUCAGGCGCUGCAUGGACGUCAACUUCCUGUCUGCGGUCCACAUGUGUCAGCUGUUCCUGCCGCUGCUGCGCCGGGCCGCAGGUCGCAUCGUCAACGUGUCCAGCUUGGCGGCUGAGGUGCCGAUGCCGAUGUUCGGAGCCUACGGAGCCUCCAAGGCGGCUCUGAAGGUCGUCUCGGAGGUGAUGAGGCAGGAACUGGCUCCGUGGGGAGUCCGAGUGUCUGUGAUCCAGCCUGCCGGCUUCAGAACCAACAUCUUCGGUGACGAGGACUCCGUCCGCCGCCACGCCGCCCAGCUGCUCGCCACCGUCUCCGCCGAGGCCAGAGCGGAUUACGGGGACUCGUACAUCUCGUCUCUGUCCGGCGGUCUGGCCAUCAUGUCCCGGCAGGCGGCAGCCGACCUGUCUCCGGUGGUGGACGACAUGUGUGACGCUCUGCUGUCGGCCAAUCCCAGGGCUCUGUACGCACCUGGACAGAUGGGCUGGCUCCUCCCCUUCCUGCACCGCACCUGUUCCACCACCGUGUUUGACGCCAUCAUCAGCCACCUGCCGAAAUACACCAAUCAGCAGCCAGCAGGACUCAGGAGGAUGUGAUGUCACGCGUCUGACCACGCCCUGCUGCUGUCCUCACAACACUAAGACAACGAGACGCGAGAUAUUAGAAACUACAGUCGUGACUCGAUGAUCUG